CCCCGCCCACCCCAGCCGGGGGUACAGAGAGAGUGACCAGAGAGUUUUAUGCUAAUGAGCCCGGGCCAAAGCUGCUGCCGCUGAGCGCGAGAGCUCAUUGGAAACUGCGUCGUCACCACGGAAACCUGGACUGCUUCCGCGUGAAGGGCUCUCCAGCAGGGGGCACAGUGAGAUUUGAUGCAGCCCCUGCACGUCCACUUAUUGCCAGUCCACGCAGUGUCUCUGCGGUACGGAUCACGCCUCUGAGGACCAUGAAGAGCUCUCCAGAUCUGAUGCCCACUGAGUUGGACCCAACUCGUGUGUGUAAGGGGAAGGGGGCUGUUACUCUGAAAGCCACAUUAGUGCACGUGGAUGAUGGAGACUGUAUCACCCAGGAACGGGAUGUGAAUCCAGCCAAGGGUGAAUGUCACAGAGCGGUUAAUGGAGAUGCCACAGAAACGAAUCUGGCAGAGAAAAGGCUAAAUAGCACCGGAGCUGAUUUAAAUUCAGACCAAGUCAGUAAGGCUACAACACAGGUCGAGUGUCCUAUAAGCUUGGGUCUGAGUGAUCUCCCAUCAUCAGCCACUGUACCAUCUGUGUGCACACCAGACCGCAGUGUAUACCCAACUAUUGUUCUGUUGCAGCACGGCACAGAUGCUGUAGAGCAGCAGCACAGAGUGUGUGAUCAAGGCUCCACCGAGACUCAGGUCUGUCCUCCACCUGAAGAUCCUCAAAGAUCCUCUACACAGAUGGAGGGCAAGAGAAUGAUGAUUACUGUUCACCCAGCGUCCCCUGUCCCACUGGAGAAGCCCCGAGUCCCAGUACGGAACACAGAGAAGUCCAAGGACUGGUACAAGAACAUGUUCAAACAAAUCCACAGAGUUCCAGAACCUGUUGAGGAAAAUCCAUACCGUCCCACCUACAUAUUCCCUGAGAGCUAUGACAGGCCACUGAAAACCAGAGAUGACAACUCUUCACAUAUGGAUGACUAUGGGAGAAGUGUUCCUCGGUCUAAAAGUGCUGUAGACAUGGGCAGCUCACAGUCAAGACGAAGAGUCUCUAUGCCAACUCGAACGUCUUCUCUACGGCCAGAAAGAAAUGAGUGGGAGCCCCCUGACAAGAAGGUGGACACCAGGAAGUAUCGUGCUGAGCCCAGGAGCAUCUUCGACUACGAGCCUGGGAAGUCGUCUGUGCUGAGGGCGGAGAGGCCGGACUUAACCCCUGAAGAUGUAGAUUUAGAGAAUGAACCAUGGUAUAGAUUCUAUUCAGAGAUGGAGUUUGGCAAAACGAGUGCCCCCUCUUUCACUCCCUUGGAAACAGCCUCCGACCUGCAGCAAUACCCGGCGUGUAAACCGGGCCCCAGUGUGGCGGGGAAGGAGAGCGGCUCGGCUGGCGCUGAGCACGCAGCUCCAGAAUGCGAUCGGCACAUUUACAAAAGUGUCCUGGAGGGUGGCGACAUCCCACUGCAAGGCCUGCGAGCACUUAACAAACGCCAUCCCAGUACUUCUUCUAAAGGUGGGAAUGGUUGUGUGAUUUCACAAUGCUCCUCUGUAAAUGGUCGCUCAGUUCUUGCCAGUAGCACACUAGGUACUCAGAACAAGACUAAAAACUCCCUAUCUGCUGCCAAAGCCUGCAUCCCCCAAAUCCUCCCCUCUAAGUUCAAGCCUAAAUUUGCCCCUUCUACCGAUGAGAGCCAGGAGAGGAGAGCUGAGGCAACGGCAUGGGCCAAAGUGCACAGCUGUGAGGAUCUACACCAAGAGCCAUGCCUCUCGGGAAACAAUGAUAGAACAGACACAAAUCAUGAGCUCAGUUCAGACACCAAAGCCAACUGCUUGCGAGAAGCUAUUUGCAAAAGUAACAUGCCUGUCAAAAAUGGGCCUUUCAAUGGAGCUGUAAGGAGCACUGCUGAAUUUUCAACCCUGUACAGGAACAUGCACCAUAUCGAGAGGCCGAGAUCGUUGGGCUUCAGCCCUCAUGCCAGUGUGCGUAGUUUGGCUUCUCUUUUUGAAAGGUCAGAUGCUGAUAUCACUGCUGAACGAUGCAGAAACAUCCCCCGUCAUGCCGUCAGUUGUCGUGUGAUGGAGUUUGAACGUAUAAUUCAGUGCUCCAACACCGCCCCAACACGCUCUGCUUCCAUGCCUACACUACCCAGUGGCUCUAGCCCCUCCCAUAGCCCAGCCCCUGAAGCUUGUUUACUCCAGUCUGCUCUUUCUGCUGAGUCUUUAAUAACACCAGGGACAGCACAUGUAGACAAUUGUCCCUUAGUGUGUGGUGAGGAGCAAGCAUCUAAAGAGGAGACUUCACUCUCAGGAAGUGAAGAGCCAGAAGUGUGUGUUGCGUCCUCUAACCAGAACCACAGCUCAAGAACGGACUUACUCUCACACACUGAUGGCAAAAUAGAACAGAAGGGCAGCUGUGUGCAAAAUGCUACAGAGGAAAAGCACUCUCUUGGUCUCUCACUUCCUAACACCCCAGUAUCAGGGCAAAACCACCACCACCACCACCACCACCACCACCAUGAUCACCUCCCCUUCCACCUCAAACCCAGCAAGUGUAAAGGCUCUUGUCCUGCCUCCUACACCCGUUUCACCACUAUCCUCAGGCACGAGCGUCAGCAGGCCAGCAGCUACCUACCAGAGAAGAGAUCAGGCCCUCCCACAAACUUAUUGUUAAUGAGUCCAGCACCAUUCUCCUUACGGAAAACCCUGCACAAUCUCCAGGCCAAAAAGACUCUUUCAGGUGCAAAAAGCCUGGCCAGAGAUACUGCAGAGAGUCGAGCGAUCUCGUCCAGACUGCGACCCAUCAUCCCCCAGCGUCUGUCCUCUCUCGAGGUGCUAGAGAGGCUCAGCAAUGGCUCAGAGGGGGCCAAUGGCGAUGACGUCACAGAUGCUGAACACUCAGAUGCCAAUAAAAACCACUGUGGAGACUCCGAAUCCUCACAGCCGUUAAGCCAAGGAGAUCAAGGGGAAAACCCAGAUGAGGUGGCCCGCAGACGCUACGGAGACAAAGAGAAAAUUCUGGAGGAGCAGAGACGUUUGAAGCGGGAACAAGAGGAGGCGGACAUCGCAUCACGCCGGCACGCAGGCCUAGUCCUCACAAAUCAGCAGUUCAUCACCAAUGAGCGCUUUGGGGACUUGCUCACCAUCAAUGACUCAGACAAGAGGAAGUCCGGCCCAGAGAGGACCCCUGCCCUGGCCCUGUUUAACUUUAAAGCGGAGACUUUAAAGGAGCUGCCAUUUCAAAAAGGAGAUAUUGUGUACAUCGUUCGGCAGGUGGACCAAAACUGGUAUGAAGGAGAGCAUCAUGGUAGAGUUGGCAUCUUCCCUCGCAACUAUGUUGAGCUACUACCCCCAACAGAAAAGGCCCAGCCCAAAAAGAGUGCUCCAGUUCAAGUGCUGGAGUAUGGAGAGGCCAUCGCCCGCUUUAAUUUCACUGGGGACACAGCUGUCGAGAUGUCGUUCAGAAAGGGAGAACGGAUAACACUCAUUCGUAGGGUUGAUGAAAACUGGUAUGAAGGAAAGAUUUCAGGCACCAACCGACAAGGCAUCUUCCCAGUCACUUACGUGGAGGUGCACAAAAAGCCUCGUGUUAAAAAUGGAGUGGACUACCCUGAUCCUCCCCUUAGCCAAUCACCACAUCGCAGCACAAACGCCUCCCCACAGCCGGUGCGUACCCGUCUCAGCACCGCCCCUCUCCCCCUGCCACGCUCACCACGCCGCUCUGUCUCUCCUGAAGUCCAUGCCAUAUCCAACGAGUGGAUCUCCCUCACAGUGGGUGGUGUGAGCUGUAGUCCCCCAGCUGCCCCAACUCCUCCUCUGCCUCCUCUGCCCAGUACCGCCUAUCGUCUGGGUGAAUAUCUGCCCCCAUCGCACUCUGCCAGCCCCGUGCCCCCCAUCACCAGCAGCCCAUACUGCAUCUCGCCAAUGGCCUCACCGUCCACCUCCCCCCUGCCCCCUCCUUAUCCACCCCGGCCCAACUCUGCCACUCCAUUCCUCACCUUCACCCCACCGCAGGGGGAGGACUUCCUCCUUUUCCCUCCUUCACCACGUCUGUCACGUAGUCUGAGUCCGUGUGGGGGUGCUGGCAUGGAGGGUUGGCUGGGUGGAGCAGGAAGGCUGGAUUCAGAGCUGCAGGAGGGUGAAGGGGGAGAGCUGGACAGGGUUGGCGGCUCCCGCAAGGCACCAUGCAGCUGGAGAAGUAGUCCAGCAGAGCCUUUGAAGAAUGAAGGAGAUUACCAUGGGAGAUCCUCGAGAAGUCCGGUCAUGUUAUUUGACAUCCAGGACAACAACAUGAACGCCAACUCAUUCACGGAGGCAGUAUGUAAUGAGAUCAUGAAUAUUGCAGAGACCUCAGUGAGGUACUGCAGCACUUUGUCCCGCCCUUUAGACUCCGCCCACAGAUUGAUGCCCCACUUCAGUAAACGCUCUCUCAUCAUUUCCCAGCAACCCCAGUCCCAAAGCAGCAGCCCCGAACCUGGACGCCUGAGCUGCGGCAUAUUCCAGGCUUUAUACAGCUAUGUGCCACAGAAUGACGACGAGCUAGAGCUGCAGGAGGGAGACCUUGUGAACGUCAUGGAGAAAUGCGAUGACGGCUGGUUUGUGGGUACAUCUAAAAGGACAAAACAGUUCGGCACCUUCCCAGGGAACUACGUGAAGGCCGUUAACUUGUAAUAUGUGAAAAUGUCUGAUGUGUAUGUAGAGAUUCUAACACUAUGUUUAUAGCGGCCUGUGUGGGACACUGUUACUGAUGAACUCAAGUGUUUGAUUUUUUUUUUCUGUCAGUAUUGUAUCUUGCCCAGGUGAAUGUCCAGGUAUGUGAUCAGUAAGGUUUGUAGCAUGUCGGCAAGAAUUUUGUAGUAAAACUACGAGGAUCAGCUUGUCAGCUUUCACACAUUGUUUCAUAUAAUAUAUGUUAUUUACAUUUUGUUUUUAUUUAAAUAUAAAUGUUUGUGUCCAUAGUGUAUAACAUUUUUUUUUACUGAAUCACAUACCUGACAUUAACACAGCAAAAACUCUAAAAUAGAUGAAGCACCAGUGUUGGAAAGGGUCAGAGUGUAGUUAAAGGCACUUAAAGGAGGGUACCAGUAUUGAAGGUUAAAGGACCGGACAAAGGUCAGCAAAAAAAAGAUGGAUUUACAUAAAACUUGAAAAUCAGUUUCGGACUCCCUGUGCAUAUGAGAGCAAUAUAGAUGAUGCGGUUGAGUUCCUGUUUAGAUGUGAACUGCCACAUGGACUGAUAUCACUCAACUAUAGGCACUUAAUUCUCUGUGGACUAAUCCACAGGAUGUUCUGGGGAUCAGGAGUAGUUAGGUUCCACCAAAAUUCUGCCUUGAAAACAUCCUGAUUUGCUCUCAUCUUUUAUUUUAUACAAACACAAAAAAGGAACAGUUCCUUGAUUGUCUCUCCCAUUUCACACAUUGGCAGUCCUAAUCCUCCUUUAUCUAACUGAAACAAAUCUGUUACUAGACAUAAAAAUUGUCUGCGUUUUUGUAAAUGACUAAGUCAUGCUAAGCUUCAUUUUGGUGUCAGUAGAUCCGCAGAUAAAUUUGAACAACUGUAAUAAAACACUUAGUAGUGUGACUAAUGUUUGCCUUUUAUAAGGUAUGUGCAGUUAGAGAAUGGAAGUCUUGCAACCUAAAAUAAAUAAAAUACCAGUCAAAAGUGAGGACAGACCUGCUCACAUAAAGCUUUUCUCAAUUUUAAUACUAUUUUCAAAUAAUAAUGAAAAAAAAUAACAUAGUGAAACAACAUAUGGAAUUAUACCAUGAAUAAGAAAAGUAUAAAACAAAUCAAAACUAUAUUUUACAUCCUUAACAGUAUUCCUGAUGCGCCUUGGCAUCAUCUCAACCAGCUUCAUUAAGGACCUUUAUCCAAAAUGUCUUUAAUACUGUGAAAAAUAUAUCCAAUCUAGUGUCCAACCUUUUGACUAGUAUGUAUUCCAUUGGCUCAUGUGCUACAGCAGUGUUAGGGUCAAACAAGAGGUAGGAAAAAGUGCUGCUAGGAGAAUCAAAAAAAUCAGAAAAAAAAAAAACUAGACCUCACAAGGUAAAAGGUAAAGUAUUAUUGAAAAUUAAAAAAAGAAGUUUAAACAUUACUAGAGAACAGGGAAUAAAAUGAAUAUUUUAGAACUAUAGAGGCUAUUUUAGGAACCAGUUGAGUAAUAUAAGGCACUGUAAAUACAGGUCAUUUUAUCAUUAUUCUUGUAAUAUUUCAAAUUAUUCUUGAAAUAUUCUUAUUUUCCUAAAUCUGAAAAUAUGACGUGGAUGAGACUGGUCCUCCUACGAGCACAUAUGAUUACCUUAAUAUGUUGCUGUACCUCACAGGCCUGUGUGAUAUAUAUCUAAAUGCAUUUUUUUCUCUUUCGAAAGCUGGGAACGUGAAGGACAGCAUGCAUUAACAUGGGUUUAUAGAACUUUAAUCCUGGUGUGACUGCAAAAGUUUUGGGGAAAUUUCUGAUCUGUAUGAAAUGCCGUACCUCCUUCCUUCCUAUCUUAAGUGCCAUUUAUAUGAGUAAGCUACAUUAGGAUCUUUUUUAUCUGUAUAGUAAACUGACAAGCUAUUUAUGAUAGUUUAGUUACUUCUGCUGUAGCUGCAUUUCCAGUUUGGUGGAGAUUGAACAAGAGGAAAAAGAAAUGAUUGCUAACUAGACCUGAUAUGAAGAACAUACCAUGCACGAAUUUCUACACAGUGUUGCACCUCUGACAGCCAUAAAGUAUUUAAGCUAAUGAGCUAAUGACGGCUGAAUACUUUUGCUCCCUGUAUUAUUGUGCAUUGCAUUCCAUAUCAUGCCACAGAGGUCACUACUGAGCAUGUGUGGAGUGUGUCACGUUUAACUGGGCUCCUAACAGAUCCGCAUUCAGUAUUUAUCAUAUUCCUGGUUAAUAAUAUCAUAUAUAGCAUAUAUCAUUGUCUGGCAGCGGUUAUCAUCAAAUUUUAACCAACCAAGACCCUGAUUAGAUUCACAUAGGUUUUAAAAUUCAUCACAGCUUUAUUCCAUUCAAGUGCAUGAAACAUCAUGCGAUAUACAAGAUAAGCAAAAGAAUAUAGUGUCUUGAGAAUCCUGUGCUUUGGACAUAAGCAGAGACGAAAGAAUUGUACUUGUAAAUAUGUAUAGUAUAAAUGAAUAAAAUGUUUGAAGUCACAACAGCCUCUAGGAAUAUAGUUUAUAUUACAGGAAGAGUUUUAGGAAAGCACAGCGAGUUGCUUUUGGUGCACACGCUCUGAUAUGAAUGAAUGACAGAUUUCUAACACUGUGUUAGGAUCCAGAUGCCUUUUGUCUCACAGCUUUGUUAACCGUGCCUCGUUUUUCGUUUUUGUUUUUUUCAUUUUGCCUACAUUGAGAAGGAAAUCCGUGUUACUUUGUAGGAUAUGAUGCUCUACCACAAGUGUGUCACAGGAGACAAUUACCAAGAUCCUGACUGCAAUCGCUGGACAUAUUCAUAAAGAGUGUGACAUAAUGCCUGUAGUGAUCUUCCACACGCAGAGGCUCACAUUGCAGUUAGAUGUUGUUUUCCUUUAUUUGCGGUGCAGUUACAGAUAGAAUGUUGGAUUUAAACACGCUAUUUACUGCUGUGAUUUCAUUAUUAUGCAAUAUUUAAUAAAAUGUAUUAAAGCUUU